AUGUAAUAAUAUAUACUUUGGGUUUCAUUGUUAUUUUAUAGUGGAUUUUCUGAAAGUGUAUCAGAUUUCUAAGGUAAAGCUUUCAAGUUUACAAAUAAGUAGAGCUGUAAGAAAUAUAUAAUAUUAUGAAUAGAAAUUUACAGAGUAGAUGUAGGAUUGCCUGAAGAUUAGUUAGAUUUAGGUUUGAUUUCAUCAUAUGGAGAUUUUAAUGGAGAUAAAGCGUAAAUAUAAAUGAUAGCAACUUAGAGUAGAUGUUGUAAUUGUAGAUUAGAAGAACAAUAAUAUAAUUAUUUUAUAUUGGGAUAAUACAAAAAAUGAGUUUGAAUAAAAAAAUGUUUGUUAAAGCAAUUGUUAUCCAGUUAAUGAUAUCAUCAUUUAAGGCACAAUACCUUUUGAUUAUGAUUAUGAUGGCUAUUUAGAUAUUUUAGUGGUUUUAGGAAAUGAGGAAGGCUUUACAAUAAAUAUUAUAAGAUAGACUGAGAUGAAGAAUGGCAAUCCUGUAUUUGUAAAGAUGUAAGAAUAAUAUUCAUCAACUUCAUAUCCAUUUGUAGGAGAUUUCUUUGGGAAUCAUAAGUAAAAACUUAACUGAAUAUUAUUAGAACAUCAAUAAUGAUAACAAGUGCAACUCAAAGAUAAGUAGUACAAUAUGGAUAAUAGUAACCAACUGAUUUUCUUGAUCUAGUUGAUUAAGGUUGUUCAGGAGAAGAUAUUUAAAAGGCAUUGAGUUCAUAAUUAUUAAAUCCUCAUUUUAGUUCUUUUGUAGAUGUAAGUUCUGAUUGCAGAGCUGAUUUAAUUAUAACAUCUGAAAUUGGCAUUGAAUAUUGGUAUACAAAAUACAUCCCAAGUCCAGUGGCUGAAAGUACAGAGGAAUUAUUUAAUAAAUAAUCUAGAUUUUGUUUAUAGAAAAUUGAUAAACUAACAAAUGGUUCAGAAUUAAAAACAUUAGAUUUUGUAGAUAUUAAUUUUGAUGGAUCUAUUGAUAUGAUUUAUGUUUUCUAAAGGAGUGAUCAAUAACACUUAGUUAUCAAUUAUAAUCAAUAUGAAAAUCCUUCACAACCAUCUAAUUUGUGUUAAUCAAAUACAAAAGAUUCAGAUAAAUAAAUGACCUAUCCUUAUUCAGAGUUUAGUCUUUUAGGUACGAAUACAUAAUUAAUUACUCCUUUGAUGUAUGAAAAUAAUCCAAUUAAGUUAUAUGACUAUAAAAAACUAGAUUUAUAAUUGGCUCUAGCACCAUUCUUAAGAUUUGGUGAUUAUUUAGCAAGCGGUUAUCCUGGAGCCUUUAUGAUCAUUUAUAAUGAAACUGCAAAAAAACCAAAUAUAUUUUAUCUUAAAAAUGUUCCAAUAACUGAAAAUUGUGAACUUUUAUCUAGGAUGUGUAGAUAAUUAGUUAUUGAUAAUGAUCCUGGAGAUCAUUUUUAUUUAAUUACUCAGAUGGAAGGAAUUAAUGUAGCAUUUUUUGAUUAUGGAGAAAAUGGAAGAUUAGACUUUUUAGUAAAUAGUAUAACUAUGGGUGAAGACUAAAAACCAAGAUACAAUAUUGCAGCAUUUUAUAAUUAUAUUUCAUUAGAUGCUUUCUUCUUAAAAGCCUUAGGUAUAAAUGGACAAUGUGCAGCUGAUGAGGAAAGUAAAAUCUCAUGUUAAGGCUCUCUCUAUUAUGGAGCUACUUAUCAAUUUAGAGUCACAGAUAUUAGUGGAUCAUAUAAACCAGCUGCAGGAGUGCAAUUAUAUUAAUCUGCUUUCUCUCCUUUACAACUCCCUUAUUCAUAUAUGGGUUUAGGGAGAACAAAUAAUUAUAUAGAAAACUUUUAUCUAGGCAUUCCAUUAUUAGAUGGACAAAUUAGAUAAUGGACACCUAUCAUUCCAAACUCUCAACUAAUUGUCUCCCCUUAUACUGAUAAUUCAAAAUAGUAAUCUAUUUUUCUUAAUACUUAGAUGGACAUUAUCAAUUUUUAUCGAACCUACUGAAGCUAUAUUAGUUGUCGUCAUUGUAACCAUCAUAAUUCUAUUUGUUCUUGGAGGAAUCAUUAUUUGGAAACAUAUCAAGGAAAAAGAAGAUGAUAAAAAAAAUCAAGAAUAGUUUUUUUAAAUGUUUAGAUGA